UCAACAUGAACAAGAAGUUCUUUAGGACGCUUUUCAGCCACUCCUGCUUUGGGGCGCGUCCCAAACCGGACGCUUAGUGGUCACCUCGCUUGCUAGUGCUCACGGACAUCUGCAGCAUGUGUACAGUAACCUGACUUGGAGUGUAACACUAGAUAGGGUUGUAGUGCUGAUUGGGACGCGACCACCAUGUAAGUUUAUUUGCCCCGGUGUUGGUGUGCAACAGUUCCACUAGCAGGGAUGAAGAACAUUCCACAGCACUUGUUUCCCUCAUGGGCGGGGCCUGACGGGGGCCGAGGCUGGUCCUGGCCUCUGUGUAUAAAAUGGGAGGCCGGUGAAGGGCUUCAGUCGUGGGGUCUGGACUCAGCGGUGUGGUGCAUGCUGUGUCGUGGAGGAAGAGAGAAGCUGGAUCAGGCUUGUCAGAGAGGCAAAGUGGUGCUACAGCUACCCAAAGCCAUGCUCCAACUCAAACUGCCCCGCCUCUUCAACAUCCACCAAAUCCCUAAGGUGUUUUGGGAGGAUAGCAUCAUAUCCGGUUACAGACAUCCUCAAAGCUCCGCCCUGGACUGCAUCCUCAGCAGCUUUCAGAUGACCAAUGAGACGGUGAAUAUCUGGACCCACUUCCUGCCAACAUGGUACUUCCUGUGGCGCUUCUGUGUGCUCUGUUCUAUGGUGGACUUCCUGUCUGAGAGCUACACGUGGCCGCUGCUGGUGUACAUGCUGUUAAUCUGCUUGUAUCCCUUCACAUCCUGCUGUGCUCACACCUUCAGCACCAUGUCACUCGAAGCUCGGCAUAUCUGCUACUUCUUCGAUUACGGAGCACUCAGCCUUUACAGCCUGGGUUGUGCAAUCGCGUACGGCUCCUAUGUGAUGCCUGAGUGUUGGGUGAACAGUCGACUCCAUCGCCACUUUGUUCCCAUCGCCAUCGCUAACUCCAUCUUCUGCACCAGCACGUCCUGCUACUCCAGUUUUACUUUUUUCAGGUUUUUAGAAUUGCAGUUUCCUCAGAGGAGUAAAGUUUUGCGGACCGGAGCCUUUGUUAUUCCCUUCGUGUUUGACACCAUCCCACUUGUCUACAGACUCUUGCUGUGUUUCGGAGGAAGCUGCACUCACACAGACGCCGUAUCCAGUCACUGCUAUCACCUGCUGUUUGCGUUCCUCACCUGCUUCCUGUUCGCUUCUCACCUGCCUGAGAGACUCGCGCCAGGACGCUUCGACUACUUUGGCCACAGUCACCAGCUGUUCCACAUCUGCGCGGUGGUCGGCACACACUUCCAGAUGGAGGCGGUUCUGACAGAUAUGACGUCACGCCAGAGCUGGAUCGCCGCCCACUCGGCAGCACCGUCCUUCAUGGGAACGCUUGGAGCUCUGGCCCUCGGUGUCCUGCUCAACCUGGGCAUCAUUGCUCUGUUCAGCGCCAGUCUACUGCGUGCUCCAAACCUCAGCCCCGAGAAAGGAGGCACUACGAUCCGCACGUCGCAGCCGAGCGCCGCCGCGAAAGACGAGUAAAACUCUCAAGCGCUUCAGAAAAAAAAGAAGCUCUAAACACGGUCCAGGGACUAAAAAUAGAGAUGCACCGAAAUUUUUAUUUCAUUUAAAAUAAUUUUGGCAAUUUUUUUUAAAUGAUAACAAUGGCAAAAAAAAAAACAAAAAACAGAAAUAUUUCUUUUAAUUAUUUAAGUUUCAUUUUUAAAAAUAAUCCUGAUAUAUAAACUCAAAUUGAGUAACCAGGAUUUUGAGGUUAUAAUGCCCAAAAAAAAUGUAAACAAAAUGACUUUUAAUAGUUUAAGACAAAUUUCAAUAAUAAAAUCCUCAAAACUAUAUUAGAUUUUAUAUUUAAUCGAUAAAAUCGAUGCAUAAAUAAAUGAAAACUUAAAAAAAAAAAAAAAAAUGUAAAAAAUAUUGAUUAUAUUCUUGCACUAGUAAGUUGUUCAGUGUUGUGAGAUGUGGAGAAAUCGUCCACAAUUCUUUUAUUUUUAAUCACUUUUAAGCCAAAAAUGCACUUUUUUUAUAGAAUUAUAUUUGAAAUUAACAGCACUAUAAUUUCAGCAAAUUAAAUAAUUAUUUUUUUUUUAACUCUUAUGGCUUUUAUCUUCCUCAUCAUAUUGAAUUUUUUUGACUUUUUCCCUGUUGUUAACGUCUCAAAUGACCUCCAGAGGAAGGAGGUAAAUUGUGGCCACGUCCACGAUCCAAAAUUCACCUCUCGUCUGUUUAAAAUAAAUACCAAACUGAACACAAAUGUAACGACACGAUUAAAAUCCUUCAUAUAAAAUGUACAAAAUUUAAAAGAUUAUUUAUGUAAAAAAAAAAAGACAUUUAGAUACAAAAUUUUAAUAUCAGUAUCAGUUACUUGUCCUGUUUAUAUUUACACAAAAAACCCCAAAAAUUGUAUAAAAAUAAUAAUCAUUAUUUAUCAUAAUUAUCAGCACAACAUCAGCGAUAUCUCAGACGUAUACUUUACAUUUUAUAAUUAACGUACGGUGGUGUGAUGUCGUGUCGCUCGGCUUUAUUCGGAAACCUCGUUAAAAAUGUUAAAUAAUACAAUUCAUAAUAGAAAUGGUACGAAAAAAAAUGCGAAUGACUAAAAAUGAGCCUUGAAAUGUCUUGAAUUUGUGUGUUUUCAGUUCGGUGCAUCACUAUUUUAAACCGUAUUCCAACAGACAGAACUUCCACAGUCCACUGCUUCAUAUUUUAUUUUAUUUUAGUUAUUUUACUCCUUUAUAGCUCUUUAGUUUGGUAUUUCAGCUGAUGACCCUGAUAUUAUCACCUUUCUGUUAGAGACAAAUUGUUCUGUGGUAUGAAACAAGCAAAAAAAAAAAAAAAACCAGGAAGUAUAAACACGCUAUAUAUAAUAAUAAUAAUUAUUUUUUAACAACACCACUGAAGAAAGGUCGGGGUUUAAAUGAAGCGAAUACUGAAUUUUCUACGUUACAUUAAGACCACAAGUAGGGAUUCUGUGUACAAGACAUUAUUAUUAUUAUUAUGACGUCACUAAUUUAUGCAAAUGUUAUUCGUAACAGCAACCAACUGGAAGACGUUAUUGAGGAAGUCCUUCAGGGAUUUCGUACAGGUUCGUUUCCUCACUGUACAGGAGCGCUGAUGCUGCUCGCUUGUUGUCGUUCCUGUUUUCUGCUCCUUUUACAGGUUGUGUGUAAAUAUUUAUUAUCUAGGAUUAUUAUUAUUUUUUUUUAGAGCGUUCUAUAAUCCGAUAAGCUAAUCUGAGUGAAAUCCUUUCACCCUAAUAACCUUUAGGAAUAUUGAUCAGUAUUGAUUCUGUAGUCAAACUUCUCUGUGCACAUUUACUUUACACUGAAGUCCUUCCGGUGAAUUCAGUUCCCUCGGCGACCGUCUUGUUGACGCUCCAGGGUUGUUUUUGUUUGUUUGUUUGUUUUUUCCGGUCGUACCAGAAGACCAUACAAAGAUCUACCUGAACAAAUGAUGCUUCACACACGGAUUUGCCGUAAGUUUAUGGCUUCUUUUAUAAGACGUUUAUAAAUAAAAACAAAUAUUUUUGCACUUUUUUUGAACGAACACAGCAAAGCUCUUUAUAAGGAAGAAUCUGAUUGGCUGAAGGGGCGGAGCUUUUACUAAAAGAGGUGGGGUAUUUUAGGGAAGGGCAGGGUGUUGUCAAAGGGGUGGGGUUUUGGCGUAGAUGCGGGGAUUGGGUGUUACACAUUGAGCUUUUUUUUGUGCAUUUUUAAUAAAAAAAAUUGGUGCUCAUAGAGCUGCAUAACUCCUUCCUGACGCCUGACGUAACGCUACAUGCACAAAGUCUUAUUCAAGCAGACGUCAUCUGCAGGACUGCGUUUGUUCAUAUAAAUCAUCCUUCGUUCAAAUAACGUUUGUUCAAAUAAAUCAUCCACCAUCCACCUGAAAGUUUCAGUAAAGCUUAUGCCAUAAUAAAAUAAUCAGUGUUUUCAUAACAUGUUAUAAUGCAUUCAUAAGCUAUUACACACCCUAAAGAUAUUGAUGAAAAUUAAUUAAACGUUGUAUCCAUCUUUAUUAUGCAUUACGAAUUGUUAAAAGCAUUCACUAUUAUAAAGUAAGUGUUAAUAACACGUUAUGUCACCAGGCCUCAUUGUGCAUUAUGAGACAUUAUAACGUGUUUAUAAAUGCCUUAUAACCAGUGCUACUGUCUGUAAAGCCUUUUCAUCAUAAAUAAGUAUCCUGAUAAGUGUAACGCUUUAUGAACACAUUAUAACAUGAUGUGAAUGUAGUUCCUUGAAAAUGAAGUGAUGCAUUUUAUUAAACUUUAUUAAAGUGACAGAAAUAAAUCUAAGUAAAAUGAAUAUAUUCUUCUGUUAUUAAGCUGUCACAGCAUUGUUAUAACGUUUCAUAUCACUUUUAUUAAGAGACUUAAUGAGAUACAUGGACACGUAUUCCUAAUCACAAACAGUGAAGUUAGCCAUGACAUUCUAAUGCAGUGUUAUAACGCGACAUAAAGACAUUAAAUACACGUCACUUCACUCGGGCGUUAUAAACACCUGACGCUGCCAUAACAACUAACACUCAUCAGUGUUUCUGAAGGCUUGUGUAGGCUUGAGUCUGUCUGAAAGGGCUUAUGUAGGGGUUAUGUAGCGCUGUGAGCACCGUCCUGAUGAACUGAUCCACAUGUUUUGGACACAGCAGAACAAAGUAAGCAGUAAAACAUUUCUACACUUCUGGAGGAAACAAUAAUCGCUGACUCUCAGCGUUCUUUCCGUCUUUGUGUCAGUAAGAUAAAAAAAGUCAAAGUUUUAUCAGAAACAGUACGAACAGACAUUAAAUAGGAUUUACAGCUCACUAACCUUCACUUAAGCUUCAUUACCGUUCGUUAGCGCUUCAUGAGCCGUUAUAACCUCUGGUGUGGUGGAGCUGCAGAUUGCAGCAGGUGUGAGGUAGAGAAUGUAGGAUGAUGAAGGAGAGCUGUAGUAAGUGAUGAUGGUAUUUUGGAUUUUAUUUUGAGCAGUGAAACGUGUUUACAUUUGAUUUCUGUCUGAAUGAAACGAAACUGAAUUUCUGUUCUCAAAUUCAGUCUUUGUGAAAUAAUCAAUGUACGAAAUCUUGAAUUUUUUUUAUCAUACAACAAAUCUCAGAUUCUUUUUAUACAAUAUUCAUUUUUAUACAUUUUAUAAUUAAAUGUUUUUUUUUUUGUUUUUUUUUUAUGAUUUCAUGAUUUUUAUUUUUGCUGCUUGUUGAUUUAAAUUUUAUUGUUUCUUCUCAUAUUAAAUUCCAAACAUUUUGUGUUUUGUUUUGAAGAAUAAAUCAAACUAUUUUAAUGACAUUCAUUAAAGAAAAGCAGACAAUUUGUGCAUAUUCAGGAUUUUUUUACAUUUUUUUUUUUUGCUUCAUUUAGUUGGUUUAGUUUUGUGUUUAAUUUUUCAGCAGUCGGUAAACGACUCGGUUGUGAAUUUAAAAAGCUUCGUGUUGCUCCAACAUUCAGUUUUCGUACAUGUGAUUAUUAUAAAAGUGAAUUUAAACACAUUUACAUGCACAGAGUUGUGUACCUGAGAGAGAGAGAGUGUGUGUGAGAGAGUGUGUGAGUGUGUGUUUGAGUGUGUGUGUGUAUGAGUGUGUUUGUGUGAGUGUGUGUGAGUGUGUGUAUGAGUGUGUGUGUUUGAGUGUGUGAGAGAGAGUGUGUGUGUGUGUGUGUGUAUGAGUGUGUGUAUGAAUGUGUGUUUGAGUGUGUGUAUGAGUGUGUGUGUAUGAAUGUGUGUGUGUGUGUGUGUGUAUGAAUGUGUGUGUUUGAAUGUGUGUAUGAGUGUGUGUGAGUGUGUGUAUGAGUGUGUAUGAGUGUGUAUGAGUGUGUAUGAGUGUGUAUGAGUGUGUAUGAGUGUGUAUGAGUGUGUAUGAGUGUGUAUGAGUGUGUAUGAGUGUGUGUGUGUGAGUGUGUGUAUGAAAGUGUGUAUGAGUGUGUGUGAGUGUGUGUAUGAGUGUGUGUGUAUGAGUGUGUGUAUGACAGACUUAGAGCAGGUCCAGACUUGUAGCAAUGUUCUGAUUCUUGUGUAAAUCUAAAUGUCAUUCUUCAGUCUGUUUAAACAAUAAUGAUAAACUGUAACUAGAAGGAAAGCAGGAAGGUUGCAUUAAAAAGGCAGGUUUUAUUUCCAAAAUGUUUAUAUUUUGUGUUCAUUUCUAACUGGAAUAAAAUGAGAUGAAAUGAUUUCUAUCAUCAUGUUAAUCUGAAGCUGAGCUUAGCUCCAUUACCACGGCACUGUGACCAGAGUCGACUGGUGAACUGCUCUGUCUUACACUCACCAAUAAAGUAUUUUAAUAACA